ACGUCGAAGUUUGAGAUUUUUGGUGCUUGACGAAAAUGCUAGCGGCCAACUGUAUCGGCGAUCACUUCCGCAGGCUUGUGGAAAAAGUAAGAGUUGCGAUACUUAGUAGAUGUGCUUUUAAGAUGUGGAUGAUACACAGCAGUAGCCCCUGCCUUAGCUGUAACAGCCAUUCGGAAGCGGCAGCAGUUCGCACCGUAACCUUUCGGCGCUGGAGUGAUAUGGCCCGUUCUCAGCCGAGGCAUGCCGGUGCUUUAUCGACCGCACGGGCCCAAACAAGCCAAUGAAGAGCUGACCCCUUCGACGCGACUAUUAUCGCGCACGCAAUAGGUCUAUCCAUCUCCGUCAACAAGGAAAAGCGUUGGGGUAGCGGGGUCGUGACAUGGAGGAGUGACCUGGAAGGCAAGUCACGUGCCAGACGGUAGCUAGCGCGGACGAAAAACAAAUCGCUCACGUAAAAUAUGCCACGCAUAUCAGUUCUUUCUCAGUUCGUCAAAAUUUCCAGUCAACGCGAAGGUGAAGAAACCCACAAAUCUGACGAUGCGCAUCAGUUGGCCAGUUUGUACUUUUUGAUGUUUUUCGGCAUGCGUUUUAAAUUCGGUCAGGAACCGGCGAGGCAUUCCCACGAUGCUCGCCAUGGCAGGCACUAAAGCGCCCGAGGGUGUUAACGUUCCCGAUCUAACCCACUGGCGUGGAUCCAGUGUUUGGAGAGGGCGCAGCCAAAAAUCGUCGAGUGUCACCGACGGUAAAUCUAAGAGAGACUCGAGCCGUGGUUCGUCGACCUCGAGCAAUCGCAGAACGCUGGGUGACAGUGACCGAAAGUCACCAGGCAGUGCUGACCUUAAAUCGUCUCAACGUUUGAGCCCCAAAUCUGCACGCGACCGCGGCAGAACAUUGUCUCAAGGUUCUAGCGGAAAAUCGUCACAAGGCUCCCGCCGAAAAUCGUCACAAGGCUCCUGCCGCAAGUCGUCACAAGGCUCUUCCCGAAAAUCGCCUGGGGGCCUGGGCCGGCGUCCGUUGAGCGCCUGGGGGCAGCGGGGGCAAAGAUCGUCCCGUGGUGCGGAAGCCAAGCCAGCGAGUCGGUCAGCUGCCCUGCGCCGGUCCCGCCUGGACGCCAAGGCGCGCUUCGUCACCCACUACGCCGGCUCCUGGCUGACCAACAUGGCCAGACAGGCCCCGGACGUGCCUGAGCUGACGCUCGAGCUCUCCCGGGUCAGCGCGAGACAACCGCCGAACAGCGCCCAGGAGCCCGGGCGCCAGCGAUGGCCGCCUCUCCGAGGUUCGGCGGGCCGCCGACAGGGGGCAGCCCGGUCGGCGACAUGGACGACGACUCGGCCAUUGGCCGCGGCUCCACCAGUCCGGAGCUUCAGGUCAAGAUCGACGGCUCCAGUCCGUGCAACAGCCUGUCGGACCAGGAGGAGAGCUUUGAGUGCUACGGAGAGGCGAAGGAGAACAACGCCAGCAGGAGCUCGAACCACAGCCGCAGUCAGUCGCAGCCGGAGGUGCCCAUCGGCAGACGCAGCACGUGGCUGCGCACCAGCCUGCGCCGAAGCUCAAGGGACAACGCCAGCGAGCUGCCGGCCCAGUUUCGCCGCUACGGAUCCAUGAGACAGUCCAGCAAGCGGCCCGGGGCGCCCACUGGCCUGAGCAGCCCCGUGUUCCGAACACCUAGCUUUAAUUCAUCUGGUCGUAGCUCCAACUGUGAUGGAGAAGACAUGUAUUCCGACAUCUCAAUAGAAGAUGAUGUCAAUGAUCUCAAUCAUAAGGUGCAGGUGCUGGAACGGCAGGUCACCGUACUGGCCGAGAACCAGAACAACACGGACGACCGCUAUACCAGGAGCAAGGAGGAGAACGCCACAUUGCAGGCGCGGCUCAUCAUGAUGGAGGAACAGCUGCGAGACGCGGAGAUGCGGGCUGAGGAGCAGCUGGACUCAGAGAAGAGGCGCCACAGGGAGCUGAUGCAGCGGCUCGAACGGGAGAAGCUGCUAGAAGUGGAAAACCACCAGAUCAGGUCUCUGAGUCUGGAGAAAGAGCUGCGGUUCGCCGAGGCGGAGGCGGACCGCUGUCGGCAGCAGCUGCGCGGCUCGGCCGACGAGCGUGCCGCGCUGGACGAGCGGCUGGUCGAGCUGCAGGCGGCGCUGGACGAGGCGCGCGAGCAGACGCGACGGGCCGUCGACUUGGAGCGGCGGGCUUGCUCGGAGCUGGAGAGCCAGCGCAGCGCACAGGCCCAGAUGAUGGCCGAGCUCUCGCGCGAGCUGGAGGAGACGCAGCGGACGGCGAGUCUGCGCCUCAAGACGGAGUCGGACGAGUCCGGUCUGAUCCGGCUGCAGCACUCGGAACUGGAGGCCGAGCUGCGCCAGCUCCGGCAGGAGAACAAAGAGCUGCAGGAGUCGAACGAGGAGCUGCAGGCUCAGCUACUCACCACGGGUCUGCACGAGGGCAUGCAGCUGCUGAACUCGGGCACCAAGAGUCUGGCUGCCGAGCUGGGAGACAUGUCGGGAGACCAGGUUGACAGUGCGGAGAACUCACAAAAGUUGAAGAAGUCGUUGCUGGAGCAGCAGGAGGUGAACCAGCAGCUGCGCGCUUACAUUGACGGAAUCCUGCUCAACAUUGUGGAGAACUACCCCCAGCUGUUGGAAGUGAAACGAAAACACUGACGCUGGCUCGCAGCUAGCCGGCCUUUGACGCUGUGGGGCGUUGCCGCUGCCGACCGGUUCGUGCCGCGUGUUGCUGCUCUCCUUCGUGCGUGACGCCGCUUCUCACGCCGUGCGUGUGGCCCGCCCUGGCAGCGCGCCGCUGCCCGC